AUGGGGAGCGUAUACGACCGCCGCUGCCGCCAGCAGCAGCAGCUCAUCCACCACAAAACCAUCUUCCUCCCACUCUUCUGCCGCUUGUCCCUCAAAGACAUACGCCGCCGCGAUCCAUCCCCCUCCUCCCCCAGAGUCGGCUGCAUGGGCCAACUCAAGAGAAGCAGCCGCCGCGAUCCAUCUCCCGCCACCCCCCACAACCGCACCUACUCCAAGCUCAGGAAACUCUUCUCCAGCAAAACCCUCCUUCCCUCCACCACCGGGAUUAAUUGCGGGAGUAGGAAGGUGAGUUCGAAGGAUGAUAGGGCGAAGGUGGUGGAUGUGGGGGAGCUUGAUCCGCCGCUGCCGGUGGUGAAGAAGGCGGAGGGGAAUGCGAAUCUGUGGAAGAGGAGAUUUAAUGGGGCGCCGAUUCAGACGUUGCAGAUCCGAAACAUGACUCAUAUUGCUGCUUCUCCGCCGCCGACUGUGUGA